GUUCCUCUUAUGGCGUUGCACCCGGCCUGUCGGAAAUUGUGGCGCAGCUGGGCUUCCGAUCCGGUGCCGUGGUCCGCGUUCUCUCACGCCGGUUCGGACUCGCCUCGGGAUCAUGGAGGAGCCGGAGAUGCAGCUGAAAGUGAAGAAAGUAACUGACAAAUUUACGGAGAGCAUGUACGUCUUGGCCAAUGAACCUUCCGUCGCCUUGUAUCGGCUUCAGGAGCACGUCAGGCGCUCCCUCCCAGAGCUGGCCCAACAUAAAGCUGACAUGCAGAGCUGGGAGGAGCAGAGUCAAGGAGCCAUUUACACCGUGGAGUACGCCUGCAGCGCCAUCAAGAACAUGAAGGACAGCGGCGUGUAUUUCAAGAGCAUCGAGGGUUUGCUCAGACAUACCAUCGCUAUGAAAGAUCGGCUGAAUUCUGCCCGCAGGUAGCUCUAGAGACCCCCGGAAGUCCCCGUGGACCCCCGUGCCCCAAGGUGCACCAAGCUCCGACUGGCAGGGAGGACAGCUGAGACAGCAAUACGUGUUGGCCUCCGGGUGCCAAUUUUUUUUAAAGAAAAAAUGAACACAUUAUUAAUAUUAAAUCUUGGAAAGCAACGAGCUCGAAAGCUAAAGAACGUUUAUUGCAAUGGCUCGAGAGAGUGAACUGUGCUCUAGCCUCUAGUGGGGCUCUUGCAUGCAGCUGCAACUGUUCCAUUAAAAAAUAAAGUUAA